GAGACAUGGUGAAGGCAUACAGCGGUGCUGUAGUAAUAGCAGAUGUGCUCUUACUCGUAUUGAAAAUACUCUAUUUCAUCUGUGAAGGUAUAUAUCGAUGCUUCUUUCCGGUUGACGAGAAGAGUGUGGCUGGUGAAAUCGUACUGGUUACUGGAGCGGGUCAUGGCAUUGGAAAGGAGCUGGCCUUAAAAUACGCAGGUCUGGGUGCCACGGUCGUUUGUUGGGAUAUCAACGACGUCAACAACGAGGAGACCAUCAGCGAAAUCAACAACUUGGGAGGCGCCACCGCCCACGCGUACAAAUGCGAUGUCUCGAAUAGAGAGGAAGUGAUACAAGUGGCUGAGAAAGUUAAGAAAGAUGUUGGUAGCGUGACAAUACUUAUUAACAAUGCUGGCAUUAUGCCCUGUCGACCUUUUCUCGAUCACACCGCCGAAGAUAUUCAAAAAAUUUUCAAUAUCAACAUUAUCUCACACAUAUGGAUAUUGCAAGCAUUUUUGCCUGAUAUGUUGGCUAACAAUCAUGGGCACGUUGUUGCUCUAUCCUCAAUGGCUGGAAUUAUAGGUUUAACCAAUUUGGUGCCGUAUUGUGCAACGAAAUUUGCUGUUAGAGGUAUGAUGGAAGCUCUGAGUGAGGAACUUAGAAUUUCUUGCUCAGCAGGAGGAAGAAAUUCAAAUAUAAAGUUCACUACAAUUUUUCCUUAUAUGGUAGAUACUGGACUUUGCAAAAAACCAAAGAUUAAGUUUCCAAGCCUCAUGGCUGUGAUUUCGCCAAAAGAAGCAGCUGCUCAAAUUGUUACAGCUCAACGAAAAAAUAAAUCAGUACAAUCUAUUCCUAAUUACUGGUUGGGUAUUAACGAUUUUCUUAGAAAUCUGCCGGAUAAAGCACCUCUUGCAUUUAAAGAUUUUCUGGAUAGCGGAGUAGCUGCUGACGAUUGAUGUGGAUGAAUUGUUUCAUAUAGGAGUUGAAAUUUCAUCUUCAUAAUACAACGUACAAAAAUUAAUCGUUUUUAAUAGUAUCAGCGAGAUAUGUUUUAUAAAUAAAAAUCAACGAAAGACACUGUAGAAGAAAUCAUGUUUCUCAAGACUGAAACACAAGAAUAUUGUCAUCGUCGAUAAGAAAUACAUAACUAUUUGAUAUCGUGAUGAGAGCUAUUAAAUGAAAUUGUUAACCAUUAAAUGGAACUUCUUUUUUUUUUUUAAUCGAUUGAUAAGUGAAAUUUAACACGUGCAUGUGCUUACGCAUGUGUUAAUUAAUAUUAUCUAUUUUGCGUAUUACAAAUGGUCAUAUAAUAAAGUGACAAGUAUUUUCUAUC